AACUUUUAUGCUCAACUAUUAACGAUACAGAUUUUUCAUGAGCCACAUUCAAUAGAGUCUCGAAUUAUUUUAUUGCCAAGUUCAAUACUGCGACAUCACAUUAUAGCAGAGCGCAAAAAUGGGCGCUCUACUUUCAAUUCCUUUGUUGGCUGUGCCAAGCAUGGGUACUGUGAUGGGUUUUGCUGCAAGUUGCUGUGGAGCGGCAACAUGCUCUGCUGUAUGCAGUGCCUGUGGUAAAUGUGGUAACAGUGUUGCCACUCGUAUCGCAUACGCCCUCAUCCUCUUAAUCAAUUCAAUAUUAUCAUGGAUCAUGCUAACACCAUGGGCGAUUAACAAACUACAAGGCUUGACUUUGGAUUAUAUGAAGAUCAGUUGUCCAGAAGGAGAAUGUUAUGGAUGGGUUGCGGUUCAUCGGAUUAAUUUCGCACUGGGAAUUUUCCACCUUAUCAUGGCAUCGAUGCUAUUAGGCGUAAAUUCUUCGAAGAAUCCACGUGCAGCAAUACAAAAUGGAUUUUGGGGUCCUAAAAUCAUCGCCUGGUUGGGAUUGAUCGUACUUUCGUUCUUGAUCCCAGAUGGGUUCUUCUUGGUAUGGGGAAAUUACAUUGCAUUCACCGGAUCGACACUAUUCCUCCUUCUCGGACUUAUUCUGUUGGUUGAUCUUGCACAUACCUGGGCGGAAUAUUGUCUCGAACAGAUCGAAGCAUAUGAUUCUCGAGCUUGGAGAGGAAUUUUGAUCGGAUCAACAUUGGGCAUGUAUGCAUGUUCCUUGGCAAUGACCAUCGUACAAUACAUUUUCUUCGCUGGUGCUGGAUGCUCAAUGAACCAAACCGCUAUCACUCUCAACUUAAUUUUCCUGGUUAUCGUCUCUGUCGUCUCUGUCCACCCCAUGGUCCAAGAAUUCAAUCCAAGAGCAGGUUUGGCGCAAUCAGCUAUGGUUGCUAUCUACUGUACAUACCUCACCAUGUCUGCAGUAUCUAUGGAGCCUGAUACGAAGCAUUGCAAUCCUCUCAUUCGAGCUCAAGGAACCCGAACAACCUCUAUUAUUAUUGGUGCGAUCGUUACUAUGCUCACAGUUGCAUAUACAACAACCAGAGCUGCUACACAAGGAGUGGCUCUAGGAGGAAAAGGAAAGAGAAUCGCAUUGCCUGAAGAUGAUGAACAUGAUCUAGUUACCCAACAACCAGAUAGCCGACGUGAAAUGCGUGCAGCAGCUCUUCGACAAGCCGUAGAAGAGGGAAGUCUUCCUGCAGACGCUCUUCUAGACGAUGAUGAUGAAAGCGAUAGUGGAAACACCGCCAAAGAUGACGAGAGAACCUCACACAAUAUAGUUUACGCAUUAUUCCAUGUAAUUUUCUUCUUGGCGACCACUUGGGUAGCUACACUUCUCACCAUGAACAUGGAUGAAUACACAGAUGGAAAUACAAGUUUUGCGCCUGUGGGAAGAACAUACUGGGCAUCAUGGGUCAAAAUCAUCAGUUCAUGGGUAUGCUAUGGUAUUUAUACAUGGACAUUGAUUGCACCUGUAGUGCUACCAGAUCGGUUCGAUUUCUAGAUACGAAUAGUUUGCUUUUGGUUUUUAUCGCGAGGGUCUUAUUAAUAAACAUUGUAUUGUAUUCAUAUUGCAUCUGUUUUUUCAAGCGGGAAACAUCAGAAG